AUGCACAGACGCUCGUCUGGCUCUCCGGUCGAAGACGGCGUUGAAGACACUCCGGUCUCGCGAACGUCGACAGAGGAUGGCCAUGGAGCAAACGGCUACGAAACACCAGAGAAGUCGCGGUCGCAGGUAGCCAGAAGGGCCCCCAGCAUCGAUCUCCGUCGAGACAACGCCGUCUCGACCCCCCGAUCCCGUACCUCCAGCGCGUGGAGGAACCCGCCAACGCCCUCGUCGCAACAACCCGCGACCACCGAUCCCAAAACGCCGGCCAUGAUGCCAUUGGGUGCUCAGCGGUUCACCAUGGAGGCAUCGCCAGAGGCUCGACGGGUUCGCCAGGCGCGAUGGCGCAGCCCAUGGGCAUUGUCGAUCGGGACGCUGUUUGUGACCUUUCUGGGGAUGAUCUCGCUGUUGUGGAUCGUACGCUCGUUUAUGACACGCCAGGCUGGCGCCGAUGGGUGUGAUGUACCCAUGAUGAGUCCCACGUUCAUCAAGAUGCUUGGGUUUGAUACGGAGCACACACGGUUCGCGAGCAAAUACAAUUUAUACCUCUAUCGGGAAGAAGGGGUGGAUGCAUAUAGUCAGGAAAACAUCGGGCUCAAUGGAGCACCCGUUCUUUUCCUUCCUGGAAAUGCCGGAAGUUACAGGCAAGUCCGAUCACUGGCCGCAGAAGCCUCGAGACACUAUUUCGACGUCGUCCGACAUGACGACGAACGUCUCAAGUCGGGAACGCGGAGCUUGGAUUUCUUCAUGAUUGAUUUCAACGAAGAUAUGGCAGCGUUCCACGGCCAGACCCUUCUCGACCAGGCUGAAUAUGUGAACGAAGCGGUGGCCUAUAUUCUGUCGCUCUACCAUGACCCCCGGCGGUCCCGACGAGACCCUGAUCUGCCCGAUCCGAGCUCGGUUAUACUCAUUGGACACUCGAUGGGGGGGAUUGUCGCCAGGACGGCGCUGACUAUGGCCAAUUAUCAGGCGAAUUCGGUCAACACUAUCAUCACCAUGUCUACGCCCCAUGCGAAACCGCCAGUUUCUUUUGACUCAGACGUGGUGCAGACGUAUAAGCAGAUCAACGACUACUGGAGGGAAGCUUAUUCUCAGACAUGGGCCAACAACAACCCUCUUUGGCAUGUGACACUCAUCUCCAUCGCCGGUGGUGGUCGCGACACGAUUGUUCCGUCGGAUUAUGCCAGUCUCUCAUCGCUAGUUCCUGAGACCCACGGUUUCACCGUGUUCACCUCCACGAUACCCGAUGUCUGGAUUGGCAUGGAUCAUCUGUCCAUUACAUGGUGUGACCAGUUCCGCAAAGCGAUAAUCAAAUCUCUCUUCGACAUCAUCGAUGUCCGCCGUUCCAGUCAGACAAAGCCCCGAGCAGAGAGAAUGAGAAUUCUGAAGAAGUGGUAUCUGACUGGACUGGAGCCGGUUGCUGAAAGGAGUCUGCCACGCAAAGAGCCGAAUACACUGUUGACCCUGGAAGCCAAUACCAACUCAAUCCUGUCGCAGGGUGAAAGGCUCGUCCUCCGUAGUUUUGGACGCCGGAAGGAGCCCGAAGCACAUUUGCUGCCCGUACCGCCUCAAGGAGUUCCGGGGAAGAAAUUCACCCUUCUCACAGAUCAGACGCUUGAUAAAACCGGUGGUAACGGCAACCUCGAAGUUUUGUUCUGCACGGUGUUCCCACUUCAAGGUGGCAACUCUGCGGCUGUUUUCUCAAUGAACAUGGAUCUGUCUGGAGGUAGCGCGGGUUCUACUCGCCUAGCCUGCAAGAAUGCAGCCGAGGAUAGAAUACAUCUGCCAGCGUCAACCCGUGAAUCUAAGUACCCCUUUGAUCGAACUCGCCCAUUCUCCUAUCUUCAAUAUGACCUGGAAGAUCUGGCGGAGCAUCAAUUUGUCGCAGUAGUCGACAAGGCCAAUUCGCCAACGGGCGGUUGGGUCGUGGCGGAAUUCUCGGACAGCUCUGAUUCCUUGAUCCAGACCAAGGUUGGCCUGGGCCGUCUCCUCAGCGCUGGUCUGAAUGUAAGAUUGCCCGCAAACCGCCCAAUGUUGACGGAGAUCAAGAUUCCUUCCUUGCACUCGAGUCUGCUUGCGUACAAACUCAGUGUGAAGAACCAUGGCUGUGGUGACAGGCACGAGCUUUUCACCCCGUUACUGCGUCAAUCCAUUCCAGAACCGAACGAGUCCAAGUUUUUUGUCAAUGUGAAGGAUGUCAAUGUUAACCUGCAUGGCAUUGCGCCAUUCAUGCCCCCGCCUCUCCGUGAACAGUCUACCUUGGGUGGUAUUUCCUUCCAGCUCUGGUCGGAUCCGACCUGCGGUUCCCCGGUCAAAGUCUCAUUGAAAGUGGAUCUCUCCGGUAGUCUUGGAGAGCUCGUGAUGCGUUAUAGAACGGUUUUCGCUGCGUUCCCGCUACUGGUUGUCGCGAUUGUCCUGCGAAAGCAGUUCCAGGUAUACGAUGAAACGGGCUAUUUCAUUACUUUUUUGGAAAGCUUGAGCUUGUCUCUCCGGUCAUCUUUGCCUCUUCUGAUGCUGGCGCUGUCGUUUUUCGCGUCGUCCCUGGCUACGUCGAGAAGACUGCCGCCGAAUGAUGACCCCUUUCACUGGCGGACGAACGCCACCGAAUCGGCAAUCGACUUCACGAAGAAUGACCUGCUGCUAGGCUCUCAAGAUGCCUUCUUUUGGUUCCUGGUCCCGCUUUUCGUGCUGAUCAGUAUUGGAAUCUGCGUUGUCCUCAACUAUAUCGUCCUGUUUCUACUCGCCAUAUUUUCUUUCCUAUACGGUCUUUUCCGAAGCAGAUCGGGUUACAUCCGACGGGAUGACAAGGGGAACUUACCGAUAUUUUCAGCUCCUACCCCUAGAAGGAGGAUCAUCAACACUGCCAUUCUGCUGUUCCUUGUUUCAACUGUGAUUCCAUAUCAGUUCGCCUAUAUGGUUGCAUGUAUUGUGCAACUAGCAACCACCGUGCGCGCGAUGUGGCACGCAAAAGAAACGAAAUCGACCGCCCAUUCCAACUUUUUUAAUUAUGCUCAUUCAAUUCUCAUCCUCAUGUUGUGGAUCCUGCCCAUCAACGUUCUUGUCCUCCUUGUAUGGGUACAUAACUUGUUGGUGCACUGGUUCACACCGUUCUCAUCGCAUCAUAAUGUUCUAUCAAUAAUGCCAUUUAUCCUCCUUGUGGAGACCAUGACGACCGGGACUAUGAUUCCCCGGGUUACUACACGAUUUAAGCAUCUUACUUCUGUCCUUUUCUUCUCCCUUGCCGUUUACUCCGCUAUAUAUGGUGUUUCAUAUGCUUACCUUCUUCACCACAUCGCCAACAUUGUCGCCACAUGGUUAGUUGGCAUCUACUUUUUCGGCAGCGGUCUCUCCCUAGGGUCACUGUAUCGCAUCCUCGAGGGAGAAGAUAUUGGGACUGCUGUCUCGGAAGCCGGUGGAAGUCAUGUGAAGAAGAAGCCUUGA